ACAGAACAUCGACACAGCUACCACACCACAACGAUCUUCGCAGCACCAACCGAGCUCCCCUCCACCUCCAACACCACCAGUGAAGUCGAACACACCCACCAUGGCCUCCAGCUCGAGCGCCACACCGCUCCUCUACAGCUGCAUCGCCUACAACUCCACCAUCCUCGCCGAACACACCUCCAGCGCCAGCAGCGGAACCUCCAACCUCGCAUCCCUCAUCCUCCCCAAAAUCGACCACAAAUCCGCUCAAAAACUCACUUACACCCACCAAGAGAACUUCAUCCACUACAUCGCCGAUGCCUCCCCUUCAUCUUCCGAUCCCUCUUCCCUCAGCGCCGCAGGCCUCACAUACCUCGUAGUAGCCAAAUCCGAUCUCGGCCGACGCGUCCCAUUCGGUUUCCUUGUUGAAAUCAAGAAGCGAUUUCUCGCACAAUAUGAUCCGGAACGCACGACAUUCGGGUCUUUACCUGCCUACGGCGCGGCGGCAUUUAAUUCGGAAUUGAAGAAAUUGAUGGUGGAGUUUGGGACGACGAAAGCAGGGCAAGAAGAUGCUUUUCGGAAUGUACAGAGUGAAAUUGAUAAUGUGAGGGGGAUCAUGACGGAGAAUAUCGAGAGGGUGUUGGAGAGGGGUGAGAGGAUUGAUUUGUUGGUUGAUAAGACGGAUCGGUUGGGUGGGAGUGCACGGGAUUUUAGGGUGAGGAGUCGCGGGUUGAAAAGGAGGAUGUGGUGGAAGAAUGUUAAGUUGAUGGUUUUGUUGGUUGUGGUGAUUGUGUUUUUGUUGUAUUUGUUUGUGGGGUUUGGGUGUGGGCUUCCGGCCUGGGGGAAGUGUGUUGGGCGUGGUUGAGGUGUGGGAGGGAUAAGAUGGAAAUCAGACUGCAACGCGAUGCGUUCUCAGGCGUGUAAGAGUAUGCAUGGGGAGUGUAUGACUGGGUUGCGGGCAACGGGCAGGCAAACAGGAGCACUGACGAAUGAUCUCAGCUUUACGACUACUACCCUUAACAGUACAUACACCAGUAAUACGACGAUGACGCUGACGACGACAAUAUCCCCUGUA